CCCUCCGCGCGUCUGGGUCGCCGUGUCUGCCCGCCGCUGACCCGGGCUCCCCCUCAGCAGCUGUCUCUCGCCCCUUCCCCGCCGUCACCUACUAGUCCGCCUGCCUGUGUGGCCGCCAUGGGCCGGAAGCGGCUCAUCACGGACUCCUACCCCGUCGGGAAGAGGCGGGAGGGGCCCACCAGGACCAGCAAGGGGGAGCUGGCAGCCGAUCCAGGUCUCCGAGGGGAGACGCCCCAGUCCCCUGGCAGGGAUGUGGACCUGACGGAGCUGGCGCUGCUCAGGCAGUUUGACCUGGCUUGGCAGUACGGGCCCUGCACAGCUGUGUCAUCUCACUGGCAGGGAUCACCAGGCUGCAGCGCUGGCAUCGGGCAGAAGAGAUGGGCCUGGACCCUCCCCGGGAGGUACACCAGGUGCUACAAACUCAUCAGGGAGACCCCCGCUUCCAGUACAGCCUCUGGCAUAUCUAUCCCCUCUGAGUCCUGCCGCGAGCCUUCUGCCCUCGCCUACCCUGCAGCCAUCAAGGACUUCAGGACAGAUGACGGGUCAGUGGCUGCCCUCAGCCGAGCUCUGCUGCAGAGAAGCACGGGACAGGAGUUUCUCAGGAAGACCACAUGCUGCACCUGGGGGUCUCACCCUGCAGGCCUCCAGGACCCCCUUGGCGGCUAAGCAGAGGAAGCCCCACCUGCCCUAGGUGAAGAGUGGUCUGUGAGGACAGGACUGGCCAUGACCCUCCUGAGCCCAUCACGUAUCUCCUCAAACCCCAGGGACAGUGUGGCAAGUUAGGCGCAGCCUUGGCAGAACCUGACUUGGGUAGCUGAAGCCAAGAUGUGCUUCCUUGUAGGUUGGCAUCUGAGGGCAGAGACUGGCUGAGCUCACAGGUCAAGGAGUUCACUAGUGCCUAUUAAUAAAGAAUCUGGAAUCCUG